AUGCUGCUCAUUUUAUGCGGCGCGAUCGCAACUUUUGGGCUCUACCUUGUGCUCAUGUGCGAAGUCAAGAUUGGGAGGCGUGUCGAUAGUUUCUACGAGAUGGCGAAUUUGGUCCUACCACAGCUUGCAUGGUACUUUGAUGCAGCAAUUUUUAUCAAGUGCUUUGGCGUUGGCAUCUCCUACCUCAUGAUCAGCGGCCAAUUAAUGACUUCGGUCAUUCGCAGCCUUGCCCAGAUCGCCGGCGGAGACGCAGAUGCGAUGCCGGCAUGGGUGAUGAGCAAGACAUUAUGGGUGAUGCUUUUUUUGUUCAUCCUGUCCCCGGUGUGUUUUUAUCGCAGGCUUGAUUCGCUGCGCGGCGUUGGGUACCUGAACAUGGUCGCCGUUGCCUACCUCCUCAUCACCGUGCUCUACUUUACCUUUUCAGCAGCUGCACGCGCAACACUGCCCCCUCGCGGCGAAAUCAAAGCGGCAAUUUUUUCUGCAGAUAUUCUGCGCGCAUUUCCCAUCAUUGUAUUUGCGUAUACGUGCGCGCAGAAUAUUCUGCCCGUGUACAAUGAACUAGAGCAGCGCACCAUAUUCCGCUGCAAUCUUGUUUCGAUUCUCUCGCUCUCUUCGAGCGCAUUCGUAUACCUUGUCAUUGCACUCGCGGGCUAUGGUUCGUUUGGGUCCUCCACAGGCGACAACAUCAUUGCCAUGUACCCCGACGGAAGUCUGUUGGUGUGCAUCGGCAAAGCAUCGGUAAUUGUGCUUACGUUGACCAGCUACCCGAUGCAGCUUUAUCCCAGCCGCACAAGCCUGAAUCAUAUGUUGCAAUUUAUACACAACACGCAUCACAGGACGCAAGAAUCGUCGUCGCUCAUGGACCAAGACGCGCAUUCACCGAGGUCCAUGCCGACGAUGAGCAACAGGCGCUGGAAUACAUUGACGAUUGGAAUCAUGGCAGUGGGUACCCUAAUAGCGAUGGUGGUCAGCGACCUAUCGCUGGUACUCGGCAUUGUCGGCUCGAUUGGGAGCACGACGAUCAGUUUUAUCCUUCCUGCCCUGCUCUAUCGCGAACUGUAUCGGGAUAACCUACACACGACUACGCAGAAAGCGGCGCUGGGUCUCGCUAUCUGGGGCACCCUUGUACUGGUGCUCGCAUUGACGAUGAAUGUGGUCAGGAUUAUUGGACUAUAA